UCUGCGAUCAUGGCGAACCGAUAUGUGCUCGUCAGGUCAGACGGCGACGGGCCGAAGCCGUGCGCCUUCUAUGCCUCUGCGGCGGGAUGCAGGAACGCGGCGAGCUGCAAGUUUUUGCAUGGCGACCAGCCCACUGCUGGCAGCCUUGUAGCCAAGUCGCAGCCCCCGUCAGCCACCAAGGCCAAGCCGGCGGCAGAAGCUGUGACCACCCCGAUGCCGACACCAGCUGCCUCGGUGACGCCGCUGUCGGCCAACGGUCACUCGGCUGCAGCUGAGGAGGCGGCGCGAGCUGCGAAGAAGAAAGCCAAGAAAAAGACCAAGAAGGAGAGAGAGGCAAGGGAGGCAGCAGCCGCAGCAGCACCAGCAACCACACCAGCGCCAGCACCAGCGCCGGUGGUCAACGGUCACUCGGCUGCGGCUGAGGAGCCGAAGGGAACUGCGAACAAGAAAGCCAAGAAAAAGGCCAAGAAAGAGAGAGAAGCAAGGGAGGCAGCAGCCGCAGGAGCAGCGACCACACCAGCACCAGCACAAGCGCCAGCACCAGCACCAGCACCUGUGGCGUCGCCGGCAGCACUCACACCUACCCCCGCGGGUACCCCUGCGCCCGUGGCGGUGGCUACAGGUCAAAUCCUGUCCAAGACAAAGGCAAAGAAGCAAGCGUUUCGCGAAAAGGCAGCGAGAAAGGCGGAGGCGGCGGCCGCUCUGGCCACGGCAAACGCCAAUGCGGCGAACGCCGCCGCCGCUGCUGCAGGCGCUGCCGCGCUCGCUGCUGCUGCACGUGCCGCGAACCCGUCGCCGCCGCUGGCCCCUCCGCCGACUGGUGUUGCUCCCGCGGUUGUCCCGGGCGCUGCAGCACCUACUCCUGUGGCGGCCGCUGCCGCCCCCGCUCUCCCUGUCUCCAAGAAAAAGAAGCGGAAGAACAAGAAGAAGACGGCGCCUGCGGCCACCCCACCAGCCGCUGGGGCCGUAGUGGGCCCGCCGCCCCCGGUUUUCCGACAAAUGCCCAAGAUGUCAACGCCGCCGCCGCCGCCGCCGCCACCGCCGUCGCCCGCGACUGCCUCGAAGCCCACGACCAGGGUAUGCUCGUUCUUCAACAAGAAGAAGGGUUGCCAGGUUGGCGCGCUGUGCCCUUACCUGCACCAGGGCGUCGAGAGGGGCGGGUUCGGGGGAACGAGAGGGCACGCCAAGCCGCCGACGGCAACGGUGCCGCCUGCCGCUGUUGGGCCACCGCCGGCCUCCCCGGUAGCCGUGGCGGCCGCCGCCGCCGCGUCCAGGAAGCGCAAGCCGGCGUCCUCGCCGGUCGCCCCCGCGGUCGACGUUGCCGUCGUUGCGGCCCCCGUCGCCGCGGUGAUGCCGGUGCUUCCGUUCGCACCGCCGCCGCCGCCAACCGCUGUGCAGGCGGUACCGCCGCCGGCGGAGGUAGCUGGGGGAGCAGCCAGCGAGAGCCCUUCCUCUCGACGAAAGAGAAAGCGCGGCCGGUCAGAGACCCCGGCUGCCACCGCGGCGGCAGCAGGUGCGGGGAUUUUCGACGGCCUUCCCAUCAGCCCGUUCGUGGCGACGGCGGCGGCGGCGGACAAGGAGGAGGAGCCCGCGGCGGUGGCAGCGGUGAUUGCUCCGGCGAGCGUUCCUCACCCGAAGGCUGAUGUUUGGCAGAUGCUCGUAGAGCGCACUCGUGCUCACCCUAAAUUCGCCAAGAACUACCGCUUCGAGACCGACGCGACUUGGGUAACGGCGUCCCCCUGCGGAGAUUCCUGCCCCGGCCUGCCCCAGGUCAUAGCUCUGGAUUGCGAGAUGUGCAUGAGCGAGGACCCGUUGAGCAAGGAGCGCAACGGCAAGGAGCUGUUGAGACUGAGCAUCGUCAGGGGGGAGGACGGGGAGAAGCUCAUGGACACGCUCGUGCGCCCGGGUAACCCCGUAGUUGACUGGCGCACUGACAUCCACGGCGUUGCCCCAGAGCACUUGGAGGGCGUCAUGUUCACACACAGGCACGCGCAAGUCGCUAUUUCGCGCAUCUGCUGUUCGCACACGGUCAUCAUCGGCCACGCGCUCAACAACGACUUGACGGCCCUCAAGAUGAAGCACGACCGGGUCGUAGACACCUCUUUCCUGUUCGAGGGAAGCGAUGAGAAGUUCAGCACCCCCAGCCUCAAGGACGUCGUGAAGGUAGCCUUGGGCAGGCACAUCCAGGACGGAUCUCACGACUCGGUCACGGAUGCGAAGAGCACCCUAGAGGUGGCCAGGUAUGCCCUGGAGAAGGUAGGCGCACCGCUUCCCUCCAUCGACAGGACCAAGAAGGCUAGCCGCAGGCGAAACGGGGAGGGGUCUCCAGAUGAUGCCGGUGGUGGCAAGAAACGGAGAGGGUUGGAAAACGGAGAAGACGACGCGGAUGCGAGGGCUGCGAAGGCGGAGAGGGAGCGGCGGUCCUUGAUGGUGCACCGGCUUCCCGCCGGUACGACGCCGGAACAGCUCAUGCGGGUCAUGCAGAAGAAGACGAAGGUCAUCGCUCAGGAGGCGGAGGGGAUCGAGUUCACGGGCACCACCGGGAAGACCCAUGUGGUGUACGCCACGAAAGAGCUGGCGGACGUAGCCUUCAAUGGCAUCUCCACCGCCGCGAAAGAGGACACUUCCGGUCGCCUUCAGAAGAGGAUCUACACCUCUGAAGACGGGAAGAAGUACAUCACGGUUCGUCACGCUUUGGUGAUGAACGAUGACGAAGAGGAAGUGGCAACUGGAUUAGACGGGCUAAUCUCAUCGUCAUCGUCAAGCGAGGAAGACUGACUCAUCUGUCGUUACUGUGCUCCUGGGACUCGUGAAAUACUCGUCGGGAUAAUCCUGGCGUGUUGUUGCACCGGGAUAUGCAUUCGUGGAGAGAUUGAUUCGUGCCUCGCGGGCUUGCUAUGCUGAGCAUCAGCAUGAGCGCUCCACCAUCUCCAAAAUUCUAGAUUUUUUUUUUUCCCGUGGGGAACGGAAUUGCUAAAACUGUUCGUAGUCCAAAAGCCGAAGAUUUUUUUUUUAUUUCGAGCAACCUCGAUUAUAGUUUCUCUCUUUGUGUAUUAUCAUCAUCACAGGAGUAGUCUUCGUCCGGCGAACGCAAAGGAACUGCCUUCCGGCGUCUUGUGUAUUGUACCCUCGGUCCCCGGCCGUAGCUUUUGCAGGGUUUUUCUAGUAAGACGUUGGAUACAGAACCCAAUCAAAGAAGUUGGGUUCGGGUUGGGGUUAGGGACAUAGAUCGGGUCUGCGUACCCCCUCCCUGUUUUACUUUCCUCGCAACCUGAACUUCUCGCGAUGGCGGUCCGUUCAUUUGGAAUCUUGGUAUUGUACUCUUGGAGACAAAGUAAGUAGCAUACAAUAGGUCAUGUUUUCGUUGACGCACGCUGGAGGGGCGGCGGUGGGGGAGAGGUUGGAGCGAAAUCAACGUUGAGGCUGCUGCUGAACGUGUCCCAUCGCUUAGGUCUCGUUGGGAAGGAGAUGCUCCAGGACUUUCGUGUCGGCGAGAGAAGGAGUUUUGGAGACGCCAUGAUGGUCAUCGAGCGAUACAAGACCAGGAUAUAGUCUCCGCGUUGUAUUCUUCUGGAAAGCGUUGCUGGGGAUUUUCGAUUUGCUUUGCAAGGAAUCUAAACGGCGAAAAGGGAUAGACGGGAAUCAGAUCCGAAGUUUGCGGCGGCAACACAAAAUCACAGCAGUGUUGGAUUUUCAGUAUCGAGUCAACCAAAAUUGAACUGCUUUGUAGCACUGCUUCUAAUUUUUUUUCUUCACGAAUCGAAGGCCAGUGUUGCUACUGCUCGUGCUGAGAAGAGUACCGCUGUUCGUUGUGUUAGGGUACCCAUUCAGGUCGAGGAGAAAGAGAAUCAAUCCCUUCUUGACGGCGUUACAGGGCGGGCGAGAUCUUCACCCCUUUUUCCAUCGCUUGGUCUCGGCGGAGGGUCAACAACCAGAGCCACAGCCACAUACCUUGUGUCUGCCGCAGGGGACACAAGAUACCACACCCCCCCGGACCGAUUUUCAAAGCUCUUUCAAAGCUCGACUAGUCCAAGACGAAGAGGAUGCACAAACCAAACGAUACGUUUUCGGAAAGCUCUCGACGAAGGCGGCUUCAAUUCGGCCGUUUCGGCGCUUCCAUUGUUAUGUUAUUGUUGGCGGAGAAGUCAAGGUUUGAGAAUUGCAGGUGCAUUGUCAGUCUCGAGAGCAAGUGGGAAACGAUGGUCAGCAAAAAGACGGUGAUGGCGCUGAUGGGCGAUACCAACCUGCCUGAUGUUCCACCUAAUAUUUUGGGAAAUAGAAAAAAGUGGGUAAACCCACCCCAUUCUCGGGCAAAAGUGGGUAGUCUACUCGAAAAUCCAGCGCGCGCGCACACUCCAUAGGCGGCCCCCAAACGACUCAAAAACCCCAUUCGACAACUGCGCGACACAGCCAGGGGCCAUACACAGCACGGGCAUCGAAUUUUCCCACUUUCAGGCACACCUGUGGCCCUCAUAUCGCCGAGGCGCGCAGGGCCUCAACAGAGUACCCACUUUUGUCCGACAUCGCGGUGGGUAUACCCAUCGGCGUCAACUAAUUUUUUCAUGUACCCACUUUUGUCUAUAUUUCGACCCACUUUUGUCCAAAUUGUACCCACUUGCGUCCAAUUACGGACGGCGGAAAUCGAGCGGAAAUCGACCUCCGCGUCACCGCACGAGAACGAGAGAACACCGAAUAGCUCGGAACGUCUCAGAACCUCCCAACACCGAAUCCAUGGCAUCUUUCGUAUCCAUGGCUGCCGACUGCGGACCGACCGCGGAGGAACAUGUCAGACACAUGCCAGGCCCCUUCGGUACCGGCAGGGGA